CUCCGCAAUUGUCUUUGACCGUUACGAGUUCUUUGUCCGAGCGAACCACCUCCUGGGACAGCCAUCAUUCAACCUCCAAGCUGGGAUGCGAGCUUACUGGAUAAGCUAGGGGUUUGAACUUCUCAACGCGAUUUCAUCCAUGCAUUCCGCCGAAGAGAUCUCCGACACUACAGGUGCUCUGAGCACUGGCAGUGACGACACUCUUUCGUCGUCCGCGACCACAAACCGAAAAACAUCUACAACUGGCGCAAAUGGCGCAGAGGGCACAAUUGGGGUCAAGAAGGAAAAGAAGAGAAGCAAAUAUCGACAUGUAGCAGCAUAUCACGCCAAAGUGCGUCAUUCUAGUCUCACGCGCGAACCCAAUGUGACGGCGAGUUUUCUCGGCUUCCGCAAUUUGAUGGUGAUCGUCCUAGUGGCAAUGAACCUUCGACUCAUCAUUGAGAACUUCAUGAAGUAUGGCGUUCUUAUCUGCAUCAAAUGUCAUGACUACCGCAAACAGGACGUGGUCUUAGGAUCGAUCCUCUUCGCCCUCGUCCCGUAUCACCUUUUCAUCUCCUAUCUCAUUGAAUUGACAGCGUCGAAGCAGGCCAAGCAGGUCAUCGGCCAAAGAAAGAAGAAUGGUUCCGCGGAGGCAGCUGAGCGCGACCAGCGGACUUUCCGGGUUACCUGGUGGCUUUCUGCUUUCUUCCAUUGCAUCAACACUCUAUUGAGUCUUGGGGUUACCAGUUUCGUCGUAUACUUCUACAUCCAUCACCCUGGAAUUGGCACGUUGUGUGAACUGCAGGCUCUGAUCGUCUCGUUCAAGAUCUGCUCGUAUGCCUUCACCAAUCGUGACUUACGCGAGGCAAUGCUCAACCCAUCUAUGGAGUCAGCACUCCCCGAGAUCUACUCGUCCUGCCCGUAUCCCCGCAACAUCACUCUCGGAAAUCUCAUAUACUUCUGGUUGGCUCCUACUCUGGUUUACCAACCCGUUUAUCCGAGGUCAUCACACAUUCGAUGGUCCUUUGUGGCGAAGCGUCUGUUCGAGUUCUUUUGCCUGACCGUAUUCAUCUGGCUUCUCUCCGCUCAAUACGCGGCACCCGUUCUCCGAAAUUCCAUUGACAAGAUCGCUGUGAUGGAUCUUGCGUCGAUCAUGGAGCGAGUGAUGAAAUUAUCCACCAUCUCCCUUGUGAUCUGGCUGGCCGGCUUUUUUGCAGUGUUUCAGUCACUGUUGAAUGCGCUAGCCGAAGUUCUGCGCUUCGGUGACCGCGAAUUCUAUACCGACUGGUGGAACAGUUCCAGCCUCGGAGGGUACUGGCGGUCGUGGAAUCGGCCUGUGUAUCUUUUCAUGAAGCGGCACGUGUUCUCGCCACUCGUCGGACGAGGAUGGAGUCCGCUCGCGGCGAGUACUAUUGUAUUUCUGGUCUCCGCCAUUCUCCACGAGAUGCUGGUUGGUAUUCCGACACAUAAUCUGAUUGGAGUCGCCUUUGCGGGAAUGAUGUUUCAAUUGCCGCUGAUUGCGAUCACGGCCCCGUUAGAAAAGAUCAAGGACCCAUCAGGCCGGGUGAUAGGAAACUCGAUCUUCUGGGUUAGUUUCUGCCUCGUGGGUCAACCUCUGGGAGCCCUGUUAUAUUUCUUUGCCUGGCAAGCGAAGUAUGGCAGUGUGAGCAAAAUGGGGGUGUAGAUUGUUGUCUGAUCUGUUUCGUCACUUUUCUUCAAUACUUCAAUGGCUUCAAUGGCAGUAAGCGGGCUUGAACUGGCUUUAGUGCCUCUGCAGUUUCCAAUCAAUAGAAUAAUGCAAGGAGCAACAAAGCGGCACGUCAACCAUAGCUAGAAGAGAAACUCCUAGAAGCAUCGUUACU